AAACAAAUUUAUAAUAUUACCUAAUUAUAACCAGCUAGAUGGCUUGAGGAAUCCGCUUUACAAUCAGUAAGAUGGGCCUUUUAAGGCGCUCUAUGCCGUCGCGCGACGCUCGCGGGAACUCUAAGCUCGAGAAUUCAGAUGUAAAAUUGAAUUCGCGUAAAAGUUUAUUGUAUAAUACCUUCAUGUUACGAUUAACGUUGGGUAUAUUUAUCUCAGGAGGUUUUAUUUUCAUGGCGUGUCUAGGUCAUGUUUAUCUUUCUGCGUUGAUAUUAUUUUUAAUUGGCGUUGCUUAUUAUGAGUUUGUAAUGACUUAUGACAAGUUGGUACAACAGCGUAAGCAGGCAACGGAAGGAGAUGGUGCAAGCAAAUCUAAUAACGGUACUGGAAAGUAUAAGAAAGGUGAUCGCAUCUAUGUUAUAACUAAAGCAUUGGAUAUUUUACCUUUUAUCUCUCUUGAGACUUUUAUGUUGUUCAGUACCAUGGUUAGCAUAUCAUUUCCGUGGUUGUUACCUCGUUUAGCUCAGAGCCAUCCGCAGGUGUCUCAUAUAUGCAGUUGUAUAUUAUCUUAUCACCAUUUGUUAGUUUUUGUACUUUUCUUCUCGGGUAUACUUAAAUUUAUUAUAACAUUGGAGAAAGGGCGUAUUCGUCAGCAGUUUCUUCGUUUUGCUUUUAUCGUAAUGGCACUAUUAUAUGUUGUUAUGCAGAGCAUGAUGGUUAUCGCAAACAUAUACUACGGUAUGAUUUGGAUUAUUUUACCUCACACAAUGAUAUCUUUAAAUGAUGUGAUGGCAUACUUUUUCGGCAAGAUGUUUGGAAAGACUCCCCUAAUAUCGCUAUCUCCCAAUAAGACAUUGGAGGGAUUUAUAGGCGCGUUUAUUUCCACUACAAUGAUUGUUGCCAUUAUGAGUCCGAUUAUAUUACGUUUUCAGCCUAUGAUUUGUUCGCCCAAUACAUUUGUUUUUACUCCAUUUGCUUGGAUGAGGGCUACCUGCGAGCCCGAACGUAUAUACAAGUUGACAACCUACGUCCUACCUACAUGGCUAUCGAAUAUCGUAGGGAUAAAUGAGAUUCUAUACAGGCCAUGUUUUGUUCACAUUAUGAUUUUAACUCUUUUUGCUUCAUUGUUUGCCCCCUUUGGUGGCUUUUUGGCAUCAGGUUUCAAAAGAGCAUUGAAAAUUAAAGAUUUUAGUGACACUAUUCCAGGUCAUGGUGGUAUGAUGGAUCGUUUUGACUGUCAUAUUCUGAUGGGUACUUUCACUUAUUUAUAUUUGAAGACAUUUGUGAGAAAUUCCAAAUACAAUGCUGAUGCUGUUUUAAAGGUAAUUACCCGUAUGACACCUGAAGACCGUGAGAUACUGUUAUUUAGGUUAAAAGAAAUGUUUGGUUAAUUCCUGUUAUCGGAGAUUCACUAUUUUUAAACAGGAGUUUGAUUCUUUUUGAAAUGCCAGUACUA